GUUGUUGUUGUGCGCGACAAUGCGCGAACAACACGGCACAGUCAGUUGAGGCAAGUAUAAGUCGGGAGGGUUGAAGGUUGAGGGGGCAAAAUUUGAAAUUGAGGAGCCAUUGAAUCAUUUGCUCGAGGCACGAUGGCAUACUUUGAGAAUAACAGGAAUCCGUACCUGCCCAACACAUCACCAACUAGAACCACUCAGGCUAGAAGAUCUUCAUGCCAGAGAGAGGAAAGAGCAGUUGGAGAAGGGGAGAUUGUGCAAGGCCGAAUACUCUGGUUGCCGCCGAAAGACGAACUGCCUCCUAGGGCUGUUAGACGGGCUCAUGGGAAAGGUGCGGUGGAGGAAGGAAUCUACAACCAUCCGGUGGUAAUUCUUUCAAGACCGGCACAUGAAGCGAGCAUAGUGCACUUUCACGUCAUAACAUCCUUCCAAGGCAAGAAGCUCCAUGAAAUUUAUGGCAAAGCCAACGAGUUCCAUGCGAGUCGCCGCUCUUGGUACCUCCCUAUCACACCAACGCCCCCCCAUCCAGACGCAAACUCGAAGAAGGCGAAAAAGAGGUUUCCAAACCUGGAAUUGGCCGGGGGCGCUGUAUUGCGCUGGGACAGUUACGUGAACCUCCGCGACGUAUAUUCGAUCGAGUGGUCUCACCUACGGGCAUACGGAAAUCCUGAUACUCCAUACAAUCUAGACUAUCAAUUCGAGCAAGAUUCAAUGACGCGCUUGCUGGCAAAGGGAAAGUUCCUGACAACAUAUGAGGUGGGGAGUCAGGUCCAGGCACCAGCCCAACCAACCACCCAAAGACCGCUCCCCCCACCCAUAGAAACGACGCCCCCGAUCACAUAUGCAGGGCAGUCGCAGAGGCCGAGGUCCAUCGCUUCAUCGGAAAAUUCCGCACGCUCUCCUAACCCUCAGUCUCCUUUUUUAGGCUCGGGGUCCAGUAUUCCUGGUAGGAGACGAAGUAUAUCUAAAGAUCCACGAGACGCGAAGGACGAAGGGAAGGGACUGGCCAUUGUCCGUUUUAUUUUCAAAAUUUCUUCUGGGAUGGCCAUUGACCUUGGUAAAAAGGCUGUGUGCCUUAGUUUGUAG